GCUUCCUCCAGUGUCUGUUUACGCGCUGUCCGCGGUGUGUACGAGAUGGAAACAUGGCAAUGAAAAUGAACCAAAACGAUGUCCAGAUGCCACAAAAAGAAGAGGGUGAGAAAGAAGAAGACCGGUCGACGUCUAGAUCGGACAGGUAUGUAUAAAUAAUUGAUAUAUGUUACAGGCUAACAAAGAUACAGCAAUACAGAGACAGGCCGACAGUGUGUCGUGUGGGUUGGCAUGCUAACCAGCCAGCUAUCAUUAGCCAGGCAAAGCUAAUAUUUAUUUGAAAUAAAUUAUUUAUGUGAGCUUAUACUCAAUAUCUCAGCUACAAUGAUGGAAGCAAGCUAAGUAUGUUGCCUAGUUACGUUGUAUGUACUCAAUGAAUUAGCUAGCCGUCCGGCUAGGAUAAUGUUUAAUUGCUAAUGCUACAUUAGCAAACGUUAGCUAAUGCACCAUCACCACAUAGACGUGGCUGUGAAUGUGGGUGCAGUGAUUCAGAUGCCUAGUUAGCAUUGUAGCAGAGCAACAACACUCAAUAUGAACGUCCAGGUGUUAAUUUCAAUAGUCUAAAGUGUCUUUCUCUCCUUUUGCCUAUUUGAAUGACCACAUUUCUUUCACUUGUCCUGUGUUUUCAGAUUAGUGAAGAGGAAGAGUAGGUAAGGAAAUCACUUUUAGACAUACAUUUCUAUUUUCUACUCUAUUUGACCAAAUGAUGACAGCCUUACUCAUGCGAGUGCCUGCCCCAUGCCCCCUGGCAACUGUGUGAUUUCCUGGAGAGGGUGGACAAGUUUUUCCCCUUCUCCCUCACCUACACAGACAGUACAGAACUGUGGAGCGCUACUAAUUAGGGUUCCUCGAGUGUAUGGACCCCCUCUCUUUUCUCUCCACAGGACAGAGACAUUGUAAUCAAAUUGCCCAGAUCAUUGUCCUGAUCAUCAUCAUGGGGCAGGUAUGAGCUUAAAUGGCAUCUCUGAUGGCAUAUAUGGAUAUGAUGGCUUUUGUGAGUGGAUGUUUGAAGUGAUUCGUGUCACAGAUUAAUCCUAGUUAAUAGCUAUAAUACAAUCCUCUUCAAUGGAAAAUCUCUUCAAAGUUAAUGGGUUAUCCAGUGAAGAGCGCUAAAUAAUGACUAGGCUGAAUUUGAGUGGAACUAACCUUUUUGUCCCUUGUGUUAUUGUUGUGUGGCAGUGGAGAUGAUUCUCUGGGCAGUCUUCCGAAGCACCCCCGCUGCCCUCUGACCCCCUCGCUGUCUCCACGGAAACGGACCACCAGCCAGAGCAAGACUGAGCCACCUCUCCUGAGGACCAACAAGAGGACCAUCUACACUGCAGGAAGGCCCCCCUGGUACAAUGUCACUGGGACCACCUUCAAAGAGGCUUUUGUCAUUGGUAAGAGAGCUGUCAUUUGACAUUUCUAUUAGAGCUCUGCUACCCGAGCCCAACGGGCCCCGACGUUCUACAUCGAGUUAGGGCUGGGUAGGGCCUGUUUUUUUCAUCAAUAACUAGGCUAAUGGUAGGGCUCGGGUACCACUAAGUUGAUCAUUAACAUUUUGAAGCUGAGACAUUUGCUCGUGCUCUGCUGCGCAGUACAGUCAUAUCGGACGAAGAUCAUAACAUGGUGUCAGAAGUGCUUCAACCUCGUGAAAUAUAGGACAGGAGAUAUUAUUUCAAAAAAAUGAUAAUGUUCGUUGAGUUUAGAGUGACCAAAAGUAGCUAACAGCUAACUGCUCUCUCAUGUCUCUUCGUUCGUUGAGCAGAGCCAGAGAUACUUUUGAGGAGAUGGGAAACUCCACUGGAAUCGUAUUAACGCCCAUUGUGUACGUUGACCAUGCUACGUCAAUGGGCUGCAUGGUGCAUUCUAGGCAAUUCUGGGACAAGGAGAGCUCUACAUCUAGGAGGGAAUGGGAGUCAAUUGGGCGCUAGCUCAAAAACCCAACAUUAGCAUGAAUUUCGUCAAAAAGAAGUACAACAUUACAAAUAUUUUCCAAGAUUUUAGAUAAGUAAGUUGUUAUCUGUAAAUUGUAUAGCUUUGGAAUCGUGACAUUACAUACUUUCGAGGACAAUAGGCAUGUUUCUCAACUCACCCUGACUUUGAGAAGGGAUUGCGUGACUAUUAGUUUAGCAACCAGAUGACAAUGUGAACGCGAUUGGUCGACAGUCUGCUGGGUGGGGCGUUAUACGUUCCUCCAUUCAUUGCCCAAUGGGAUUCCUAUCUCCUCCUUUCUCUGGCAGAGCAGCCCAAGCAGAGCCGUUGCUAUGGUUAUUCACAGACUUGGCGCCUCCAUGAGCAGAGUGCAUGCAGAGCGAGCUGCCUGCACAGGGAGUGAGUGACAGACAGAGAGGAGCACCUAAUGAAUUUACUAACGGAGAAUGCUGUUUCUGGUUUCGGGCAGGGCCUUACAUUUGGCAGACGCAAUCUGGGUAGGGUAGGGCCUGAACAUUGCGGCCAUGGGUAGUACUAUGGUUGCAUAAAAUUCAUGCCUGUGCAGGGCUCUAAUUGUCAUGACUCAUUACCUGCAAACUCAAACCUCAAACUCAACUUAAUGAACAGAAAUGACAUGCACAGCAGUGGUAAGUCACCAAACCUUGUCCUGGAGAGUUGAUAGGCAGUGUGGAAACUGGAAAGACAUUUUGAAAAAGGUUUUCAGAAACCAUAAAAUAAUAGGCGCUCAUCAUCAGUGCUGAGGGCAUCCUCCAUGCUAGCUUAGGUUGAAGCUUAUAUUCUACUGUUGGCGUGGGUCCUUCUGGUCAUCCCAGUAAGGCACCCCUGUGAGCUUUACACACCAUAAUGAAGUGAACCAUGUGUAUGAAUUACCCAGCCGGACCAUGCUUUGUUUAAACAUAUCUGAUCGGCUUGAGUGCUGCUGACUGACACAAAGGCUAUUAUCUUUAGUACGCAAUCUGUUACUUUCAAUGAGCCGGACUUGACUGGUUACAUUUCACACUUGGAUUUGUCCUGGCUGAUGAUUCCUGUAAAAAGGCCAUCCUGCUGUUCUGCUCUGGCCAGCACUCUGCUACUGUGGAUGAAAUGGUAGGAAGUCUGCUCAUGUAGAAUAAUCAACCUGUCUCAGAGGUCUGAGGGAGAGGAGUGAGGAGCGAUGGUGAGCACAUAAAAUUAUCCCUGAAUCAUCAGAGCCAGAGCUGUUUGAUAGUGUCUCUAGUCAACAAUUCUAGCCAGAUUUAAUUUAAUUUACUGGAUGGGUCAGUUCAUGUUCUGUGUCAGUCUGAUGGCUGAGUUUCAUUUGUUGUGACAACAUGGCUAAAUAACAUAUUUUGAAAAACAGCUUAUCCAGGCAGUUUUCAGUUCCAUUUUGUUAUCUUUCAAAUUCUUUCUGUGCAAGUUUGUAGCCUAACUCGGCAGUUUUGAACUGCACCCUGUAUUAUCUGCACCUCUCUGAUUUAUGUAUUCAGUACUUAAUAAUAGGGGUUCCACUGCCUGUGCAGCAUCCAGUUUUUCACAACCACAGCAUCUAUUGUUGGAUUCACUCCCAGGGUUGUUGUUUUAGAUUCCUAGUGUACGUUUGUCAGGAGCCCCGUCUUACCCCCUCCUGUUUCUUCCUGCAGGCCUCUGUGGAGGAAGUGCCUCUGGGAAAACCACAGUGGCCAAUAAGAUCAUCGAGGCUCUGGAUGUUCCCUGGGUGGUCCUCCUCUCCAUGGACUCUUUCUAUAAGGUAAACUUGCAUAAUAAGCUAUGUUUAUAAGUAGGGCCUGGAAUUUAUCAUUGGUGAGGUCACAGGUUCAGGAAUAACUCAUAGGUAUACUUAUAAGACAUUCUGUUGAAGGUAAACUAGCCAGUUAAUGUAAUUUCUUGACCCGCUUCAUGCUGAAUGCUUUAUUGGCUUCCCCUCUGAUUUGAGUAUGGAAGCAGCAACACCUGGGGAGCACAGAACUAUCAAUACCCUCUAGAGGCAUGCUCAGUCUACCCAGACAGAACCACUCAACUCAAUAGAAUUCUGAGAAUGCUGCAUCUGCUCCAAGAGAUUGAUUGAAUUGGUUCCCUGUUGUUCAAGAAAGUUGCCUCUGCUUAACUUGAUCAGUGAAGCAGAACAACAGAGCCUGGUGGUUGUGUGUACCCUGCUCUGUCCUCAACCCUCCAAACGGUUGGUAAUUCAUCCUGAUUUGAGCUUUCAAUUGCAUAAACCCCUAACCGAUAAGGGAGCUAAUGGAAUAAUUAAUAUCAAUUAUGUCCCUAGCUGUGUUGGAAACAAAAGUCGAUGGCGUUUAAGUAUGUUUUACAGUAGCGGCCAUGUUCUCAUUUUAGGUGACAAGGGAAUGGCUCUAACAACUCAUGCUUUGUUGGCCAAAUAGGCCCCCUUAGCACCUACACCUAGUUUAUUGUGUACAUCGCAAAGGCAUGGACUGUAGGAAUAUUGAAAUAGCUCCAUCUUGCCCUUUGAUGGGUGGAAUGUUUGCCAUAUUGCUUCAACCUAUCCAAUGCUCUCAGAUCUACACAAAUGCAGGUCAGGCAAGAGUGUAAUUGAAUUCCUGAAUCCUGACCUUGUUUCUCCCCCCAGGUUUUGACCAAAGAUGAGCAGGAGCUGGCAGCUAAGAAUGAGUAUAACUUUGACCACCCAGAGGCCUUUGACUUUGAGCUGCUGGUGACUGUUCUGAGGAAGCUAAAGAAGGGCAAGAGUAUCAAAGUACCCAUCUACGACUUCACCUCUCACUGCCGCCGCAAGGAGUGGGUAAGGCAGACUCAGAAAAUUGUCUUAAAGCAAUAAUCCACCCAAAACCACGCAUUGUUAUGAUUUACAGUGUUAAAUAACACUAAUAUGUGAGAACAAUAUUGUUUGUGAACAAAUGUUUCAUUUUAUCAUUAUAACAACCUUGGUCGCAACGUGAAAAUUGUGGUGGAAAUCUGUUGGAACUCAAUUAGACUACAAAACCCACAAUGCAAUGCUCUCUCUCUGGGCUGGUUAGCUAGGUAGCUAGCUAGCAAAAGUAGCUACACAAUAAUGCCAAAGUCAAUAUCAGCAUGUGAAGUAGCUAGCUAGCUGUAAAAUCGCCUAAACAAACUGCACUAUCGAUGUAGGAGUCUAUAAUCUCACCAAGUUGAUCCUGCUUUUCGUCUUUGUGCAUGCAGACAUUGUUAUGGCAAUAACUGCCCUUUUCCACCGACUCAGGGCGUAUUGCCUAAUGGUACUUGAAGGAAAAACAGAGUUUAAUAAUUUGGUACAUUGUUUAGAUUGAGCACAUCUAAGUGAAAUCUAUACUUUUUCAUGACGAUAUAAAUGGAUGGAUGUGUUCUAGACAAGUAUGCCCAUACCAUCUAUUGGCUGAAUUGGCGAUCUGGAGUGCAGGUAAUUGUUUUAAAAGCGUUAUGAAAUGUGAUAGUUUUAUCCCCUAUCUCCAGUGACGAGAAUCUUUUUAUAGGUAUGACGAGUUCCUACACGAUUUCACAGACAGACCACUUAGAAGUUAAAUCAUGGUGAAAAGUUAUUUUACCUACUGAUAAAACAUAUGCUUUCAAUAAAUUGACAGGAGUUUCAUGAUUAUCCCUUUAAUAUAUAAAUAUAAAUAAAAGAGAUGCAAGACACUUUCAAUGAUGGUCUUUUGUGUCUCAGCAGUAAUCACAAAGAAAAUGCUUGUAUGAAUUUAAAACCACUGCAUGUAUCGACUAUCAACAGUGAGUAUGUCGUUAUGAGAAUUGCAUUCUGUGUUUUAAUGUUUACUUUCAUAUCCUCAAGACUCAAUGCAAUUUCAUGGCUGAAAGAAGCUACGCUAUCCAGGGAAACGAUAACAUUACUUGUAACAAAAAAAUAGUUUUAUAUCACCAGGGGGUAAUAAUGUGAUAAAUGAAUGACACCAUGAACACUAUCCUCUCUCUCUGUAUGAGAUCCCCUCUUUCUGAUCAAUACGGAGGUAGCCUGGUCAUUAACUGCAGCUCUGAGCUCGUCAGACUCCUGUAAUGGGAUUGAGACUGUAGCUCCCUGACUAGGCAGUACUACCUGAGUGAUACAUGUCUGAAGCGUGCACAGACACGGUUAAAUCUGGACCCUUUGAGUCACUGAGAGCCCAUCUCUUGUUUGGACAACUUGAUUUUUAAUUAUGAUAACAUCUGAUCUUAACGAGUCAGUUGGGCCCGUUCUCGCCAACCCACCGGUCUCCCUUUGCCAGCCAUGUGCCCACGCCCUUACCUUACACACCUGGUGGGCACAUCCUUCAUAAGGCCUGGGAAGCCUGGCCCAGUCCCCGUUCUGCCAUACGCUGUCUGUCUGCCUAAUUAUGUACACUGUACACCAUCUGCUUUGUGUGGUGAUAAACUCUUUAUGGUGUGUACUUUUUUUCAGAAAACUGUCUACGGUGCCAAUGUUGUCAUAUUUGAGGGGAUUCUGGCAUUUGCCAACAAGGAGCUUUUGAAGGUAAGGCUGUGUUGAGUUAUUAUAACCCGCUUUAAGGUGAGUGUAAGAAGAUGAAAUGCUCCCUUUUCCUUUCUACAGUAUUUCUUCUUCUCUCUGGUCUCCAGUCAUCCACCCUCUCCCUGCUCCUCUUUUCUCCCUCUCUCUUACCCCACCAGCCUAGCAGACCUGAUUAAUUACUGUUGCAGAGAUGCCAGCCAGGCUGAUUAAUGGAGUGCCACUGCCAUCCUGAAGCAGAUUCAGGGAAAUUAGAUGGAUUCGCUCUGCCGGAUGGCUCUGUAUUCACUGUUCUACUUUCCCCUGCUCACAGCUAUCUGCUAUGAUUAGGUUUCAUCCAGGGGCUGGCUAUGGGUGACUGGGCUGGGGAUUGACUGAUAGAAAUGGAGGGUGUGGGGUAUUGUUGGGGACCCAGUGCUGCAGCAGUCUUGGCUAGAGUAAAACAUAACUAACCUGAAGCCCAGCUCUCUUCAGAGAAGAGUGCAUGAAUAAUUUCCCUUUAGAACAAUGCUACAAUACUACUAGUACUGUUGUAGUAGAAUUGAUGGCAGUUCUACAGGCAGCCCUUGUCAGCUUUGAUUGUAUUGGUCCUCUUUAUUACAACAUAGGUAUACAACUUGUUACAAAGACCAUGUUGGCUCAUCUAAAUCCAUGAAGUAGAGUCUAGACCGGUAUGAUCCAUGAGGUGACCAGAUAGACCCAAUCACAUUUGUCCUGGACUUGUAGCCUGCCUUGGACUCUCGUUCUCUCUCCAUUAUAACUAGAGCAGGGGUUUCCAACCUUUUCUAGCAAGAGAGCUACUUUAAGUCGCGUGCUACACAUUUUUUUAUUCUAGCUUUCAAAUGGCCGCAUUCUUCUCUCCCCUGCAACUCUUCCCCAGGUCCUUAGUGUACAAGAGAAAGUAGUGCACUAUGUUUUGUGUCAAUAUACCUGGUAAAAUAAUGGUUAAUAAAGAACUUAAAGGGGGGGGGGGGGGGGGGGGGGGGGGGUUAAAUCACAUCAGAAGACAAUUUGGAAAAUAGAGAACUAACAAAUUGAUUUGAGUGUAAUUCCCCUUUAAUUGCACAUCAUGCGAGUGAGGAAUGUGCCGUCCUAAUAUACCGUUCUAGCCAUGGUUCUGUACUGUUCUAGCCAUGGUUCUGUACUGUUCUAGCCAUGGUUCUGUACUGUUCUAGCCAUGGUUCUGUACUGUUCUAGCCAUGGUUCUGUACUGUUCUAGCCAUGGUUCUGUACUGUUCUAGCCAUGGUUCUGUACUGUUCUAGCCAUGGUUCUGUACUGUUCUAGCCAUGGUUCUGUACUGUUCUAGCCAUGGUUCUGUACUGUUCUAGCCAUGGUUCUGUACUGUUCUAGCCAUGGUUCUGUACUGUUCUAGCCAUGGUUCUGUACUGUUCUAGCCAUGGUUCUGUACUGCUGCUGCUCAUUUCAUGGCAAAGUUUGCAAAUAAUAGAUACAAAUGAUAUACUUACUCAUAAUAUACGUCUGUCAGGUAAGCCUACUUUGCAGUAAACUAUUAAUUGAGAAGGUUUUGGGGAAAGCAUUUCUGUCAACCCACAAGACGGUUAUCACAUCAACUGGCUACACACAGAGCGAUAGACAAACGUGCGCACCACACAGACAGACGGGCAAUAUUGCUGGAAAUUAAUUGGCAAAUAUUAUGUUAGGUUUGGCAUUUUAAGCCAAUAGGGGCUAACCAGGGGUUGAUUACGUAGUACCUGGGGUGGUGUCUGGAACUUGUGAGAUUAGUUUGACAGUUUGCGAUAGAACACAUGCGAUGGAAAAAUUUGCAUAUACUUUUGGAAUUGUUUGGCGAGCUACUCAUAGGUAGACCUGUUGGAGACCCCUGAACUAGAGGGUGUGUGUGUCUGGUAGUGAUGGGGUAAAAAAUCGAUAGUUAUGUAUCGGGGAUAUUAUUUUUGACGAUAUAUCAUAUCGCUUUGACAAUAUCUCAAUAUUAUUUUUGCGCUAUUUGGCUGUACCUGAACCAAAACUGUUCUCCAUCAUCUUUUUAAAUAGGGAGCCAAUUUGUUUCAGCACUUAUUUCCAUGACUGAUCAUAACUCCUUUUCUCAUGGCUCUCUUGUCUCUGCAGCAGACAUAUGGUGAGCAAUAUGUUUGGAACAUCGAAUCGCAAUAAAAUCACAGUAUUGAAUCACAAUACAUAUAGAAUCACAAUACAUAUCGUAUCAGCAACUAAGGAUCGUGAUAGGAUCGUAUCGUGAGGUCCCUGGCAAUUCCCAGCCCUAGUGUCUGAUCAGUGUGCCAGUGAAUGAACAAGACUGUGUUUUAUUAAUGGUGCUGUUGAUUGGUCCCUUUGUUCCCUUCGAUCCACCAGUGCUGUGUGUGUGUGUGUACAGAAAUCCAUACAAAUUUAAAUCUGAGUGGUUGUGUUUGCAUUGGCAAAGCACUUCUGUUCCUGGUGAUUUAUCAGUUCAGCUUUUGUACAGAGAGGCUGGGCUAAGCUGGGCUAGGAUGAUAAGCCAAACAAACAAUCCAGGUAACUGGAUGUACUUUCAAUUUCGUUAUUUCUAUAGAAGUGUUGUAGUCUUUUUGUUGUAAUUGUGGCUCACUUAGUACUAAAUGUUCUUAUCAACCGGUUUAUUUACUUUCCUAUAAAUUCGCUCCCUCUCAACCCUUUGCCAUGACUCCAACAAACAUUACCGUGCUGACUGCACCAAGCGUCCGGUCCACUCUUGCCCGGCAUUGAGCUGCCAUCUUUAAGCUGCAGUGGUAUAAAACGUUCCUAAACUGCCCUGCUCAAGUUUUUUCCCCCCCAAUGACAGAGGUUCCAGUAAGAGAGAGAGCGAUAGAGAGGGAGACUGAGUCUGAUCCCAGAGAGAUGGAGGGCAGCUUAGAGGUUGAUCUACUUCCAAGCCCCUGCUAUGUCUUAUCAUGGUCCGUCAUGUGGAGCGGCUAGAGCCCCACUCCUCAUCCUCUCCUCCUAUAGGGUGACCGCUCUGCUGGCCCGGUUGGUCAGGAAGCAGAUUUACUGCCCAGUGACUGACAGUCUCAUUGGUUCUCUGAGUUUACGCUCCAACACUUAAUGGCCAGAUAGUCAUCUAUAGCUCUUGGUUUUGGAUUGUUGCCUAUUCUUGUGUCUCCGUCACAUACAGUGGUGCUGCUGGACCAUUAAUCCUCCUAACUUUAGUUUUUCUGAGUUUAGAGCUUUGAGCUCUGCCUUUAGUUUCCACUGACUGGCUGGUGACGGCUGUGUUUCUAUUGAUGUGUGUUCAAAGAGCAUCAAAGACCCAAUAGGCCAUCUUUACAGUAGAUUCCCAUUUAACGUAUUUUGACACUGGGACAUUGAUUCCCCAACCAUCAUGUAGGUGGGUUACCCUGAAUGUUGCUGUGGGGGCAUUUACCCAGCACCCCACCUUGAAAUGAUAUCUUAGGGAAACAUUGCCCUAUGAAAAGUCAUAUCUGUAAUAUUUAAAACUUCUACCAUUGGUUAUGUACAUGACCUCUCUUAACCCUUUGUCUCUUUCUCUUCGUCUAUCUUCCUCCCCCAGCUGCUGGACAUGAAGGUGUUUGUGGACACAGACUCAGACAUCCGUCUGGUCAGGCGUCUGAAGAGGGACAUAUCGGACCGCGGCCGGGACAUCAACGGGGUCAUCAAGCAGUACAACAAGUUUGUCAAGCCGUCCUUUGAGCAGUACAUCGAACCCACUGUGCAGGUGGCGGAUAUUGUGGUCCCCAGGGGUGAGUGGCUUGUAGAUAGAUACGUACUACCACAGUGUUAGAAACACUGCUUCUAUGUGUAGAGUCUUUAGAUUAAAUUCAGAACAAUAAAAACAUUUUACAAAUGAUAUCUAUAGUGAUUCUGCUAUAAAAUAGAUGUGUGUUUGAUUGUUUCAGGGGGUGAGAACUUUGUUGCCUUGGACUUGAUUGUGCAGCAUGUUCACAGUCAGCUUGAAAAGGUAUGUGUGAAUAAUAGGUUUUUAUCUCCUAUACCUCUGCCCAUAGACCCUAACCUAAAAGCAUGUACCUAAGACCCUCCCUAUCUCUGUACAUGGUGUCAUCUCUCUGGCUCACACCAUGCUCAGUUUGUGCAUGACCCCUAUCCCAUGGUUCAUGAUUAGGGUCAGGAGUUUUUCCUGACACCUUCCCUACCAGGAAAAACUCCUGACCUUUCCCAUGACCUCUGAACCCUGUCCUAUCCCUCAACAUGGGUUGGUCAGUACUGGAUUAAUGAAAGGAUUAAUGAAAUGAUGAGUCUCAUUCUCAUAGGAUCUCUCAAGACUACAUGUCCUAUUAAAACCAGCAGACUCAUAUAGCUGUCCUGUCUGCACUGUUUCAAUCUGGUAGUUCCAAGGUAAUCCUCAAUUCCCAGAGGCUGGUCUCCAAGUAGAAGUUGACUCAACCAGUUGCCCACUCCACUUCCGCCCUCUAGUGGCCGGGAUUCAGCACCACAGGUUAUGAAUUUGUCAUGUACAUUCCCUGUCUCUGGUAUCAGGCUGAACUCAACCCAACCCUCUGUUCACUAAGGGAACGUAACGAGAAUGGAUUAAUAACUGAAAGGCACACCUGUGUGUGUGUGUGUGUGUGUGCGUGCGUCAAGGACACCCAACUUAUCUGUCAGUGCCAUGACCCAUAAGUCCUAACUCCCAUCUUUAACACUGUGCUCUCUGCUGUCAGACGUCCCAUUUAUGUCCCUACAAACCAUGAUCUAUGUCCCUACAAACCAUGAUCUACACUGAGUAUACCAAACAUUAGGAAUACCUUCCUAAUAUUGAGUUGCGCACCUCCCCCUCCCCCCCUUUACCCUCAGAACAGCCUCAAUUCUUCGGGGCAUGGAUUCUACAAGGUGUCAAGAGUUCCACAGGGAUGCUGGCCGAUGUUGAUUCCAAUGCUUCCCACAGUUGUCAAGUUGGCUGUAUGUCCUUUGGGUGGUGGACCAUUCUUGAUGCACACGGGAAACUGUUGAGUGUGAAAAACCCAGCAGCGUUGCAGUUCUUCACACAAACUGGUGCGCUUGGCACCUACUACCAUACCCUGUUCAAAGGCACUUAAAUAUUUUGUCUUUCCCAUUCACCCUCUGAAUGGCACACAUACACAAUCCAUGUCUCAAUUGUCUCAAGGCUUAAAAAUCCUUCUUUAACCUGUCUCCUCCCUUUCAUCUACAUUGAUUGAAGUGGAUUUAACAAGUGACAUCAAUAAGGGAUCAUAGCUUUCACCUGGUCAGUCUAUGUUAUGGAAAGAGCAGGUGUUCUUAAUGUUUUGUACACUCAGUGUAUGUGGCUCUGUGGUGCCUUGAACCAUCAUCACUGUAAUAUGACAAACCAUCUGUCACAGAGAGAGAGAUAAGAUGGAAGGUGGAGAGGGUUGGGUGGGGAGUGAUGCAUGAUCACGUGACUUGUGUCUGAAGUGUACGCCAUUCACGUUCAGAGUCUCACCUGUCGGCGUGUGUGUGUGUGUGUAAGAGAGCGAGAGAUCAAGCAUGUGCAAAGGAGAAAGCAGAAAGUGUGUGUGUCUGUGAGGAUUUGUGGAUUAAGGGAUCUCUGUAAUAAAAGGCCAUUGAGUGUUCGGCGGUGUGGAUCAAGUAAUGAAUGAUGUCCAGUGGGGAGAGACGGCGGCAGCUCGUCCUCCAUAGAUCAUUAUGAGUGACUGAUGAGGACAGGGCCUGUUAUAGCCUAAUGAACUAUAACACCCUCCACUAAGAGACAUCAUAUAGCAAGACUGCUACUACUGGGCCCACUAUAGUACUUCUGGUUAGGAAACCCCCUGGUUUGGUUAGGUUGCCACACUUUGCCAUGAGCUUAGGGGCAUUCUGUUUGACAUGUACUAGAUACUAUGUAGGAACUAUUUUGUUUAUCAGACUAAUAGAUAAAACAAGUAAAUCAAUGAUGCCCCUCCAUGGGUUUUCCAUAUGGAAAAGGAGCUGAAUACUGUAUUGCCAUUUUUUUUAUUGCCCCAAAAAUGCACAUUUCAAAUUAAAUUCCCAUGCUGUGCACUGGGCCUUGCUGCACCAGAAUGUAGCCUGAUCUAAUGCAGGAGUAGAACCUGUACAGAGAAAGAGGUACCAGUUCAUUUUAAAUGAUGGAAAUACAAGCUGCAUUGCGUGCAAAUGGAAAAGCAGUAAAGUAAAGGCACUCAGAGCUUAUCUGAUGAAACACUGUCUGUCUGAUUCAUGGCAAAAUGGAGGGGAAUGUAAUAUCAUUGCCUUGUGUUUGUGUUUAUUUAAAGGGAGGUGGGGACUGGGGACAUUUGGAGGGUUGGAAUGGCUUGUCUCAUUUCAUGAGUUUUGUUUUUAUUUCUCUCCUCCCUGUGUGUGUUUGUAAUCAAAUACUUGCUAAACCCUGACUGAAUAAUGCACUCUAACCGUCUCAGCGUGAAAUCACAGUGAGGUAUGACUGCCACACCCCUCAUAUCUCUACCUCUCUCUCUCUCUCGUGGUACCUCUGUCUUUUCAUUCUGUUUCCUCUCAGCAGAAGCUCAGAGAGCACUGAAAUGACAAAAGGAGAUGUGCCCAGUCUGACAGAGUACUCAUGUUACUAUUUAUUUGACCAUUUUGGCAUUUUUCACUGAUGUUGACAUUAUCAACUAAUCAAGGUGCCCAAAUGUUUGCGUAAACUAAAUCAAUCAAAUUUAUUUAUAAAGCCCUUUUUACAUCAGCAGAUGUCACAAAGUGCUAUACAGAAACCCAGCCUAAAACCCCAAACAGCAACUGAAAGGCUGUGCACCUCCUUUUGUCUUUCUUCCACACUGUCAGUCAUGAAAGCUAUCGCUAACACCAGAAGGAUGACAUCUCUAUGGUUCCACUGAGCUCUGGUUAAGACCUUAAAGAAAACUGCUGGGAGUAGCUGAUAGUAGAUGUAAUGAAUUCCUUUUUAUCGAAAGAUCAGAAGCAAACAUCACAUUAACCAAGGACUGAGUAUACCCUUGAGUUUAUUUAUUUUUUAUUUUUUUAUUUUUUUACUACUCCCAGUCAGAGCUCAUAACCAUGGUGAUGUCGUCUGGUCCUAAAGCCGUCCCCUUGCUGAGCUGAACAGGGGCCCUAACUCACCCCCCCAGGGGCCCCUCUCAGCCUGGCCCCCGGCCUUCACACCGCCAUCCUGACCUCUCAGCUUCUCCACAGAUAUCAUAGGGCCUCUACUCUGGCCUGCUGCUGUCUAAUUGGGAUGUAUUUUCUUUCUUUUCCUCCUUUCUUUCCUCUCUUCUUUGUCAUCACUCUUGUUCUCGCAAAAUGAAUAUUUGUCACCUUCUCCAGAGGAAACUCCGCUGGGAUAUGUGAGGAUAAACUCCUGCAUCUUCCUCCUUCUCUUAAGUUUGAUCUCCCCCUCUCAUUUCCUCCUCUUUUAUGAUAUAUUAACAUAUCCCCUGAACAAAAGCUAACAACCUUUGUUUGCUGUCAUUGCUAUUUUUCCAAGAUAUUGUUUUUCUUUGUCCUCUUAACCAGUUGCUUUAUUCAUUCAGUUUUCUCUAUGAUUUCUACAGUCUUAACUGUCCUGUAUUUUGGUACCAGAUAUAUACAUUCAAACAUCUAAUUCCAGUACAGUACUACAGUAUUUAGAGAGUGAGUUGUCUUGGCUUCUUGUAUUGGCAACAACAAUGCAGAACACAUAGCCAAGUGCUCAAUUGCUUUAUGGCAUUUCUAUUUAUCAAUAGAACCACUGUUUAGAACUGUACAACGUAAUAGUUAUUUUCUAGAUUUGAAAUGGUCCUAGUGAUGUUACGUUCAAUUGUCUGCCGGUAAAGCACCAUAUGCUCCAGACAGUACCAGAGGAGCCUGUUAAAGCAUUGCUGUUGCCAGUACCUGUGCACUAUUCCCCCACCACACUUUGCCUGGCUGUGCAUCUGUGACCACCAUAAUGCAAUACAUGUUUACGAGGAGGAAAGUAAAAUAUCUCCGUGGUAUUUUACCUUUGUCCCCCUGGUUUGAUGUGAUGUGAUGUCUGUGUGUUGUUGUACUGUGGUGCCUCCAGCAGGGGACAGUGGUCUGACUGUCUCUAUGUUGUGAAGGUCUGCUCUGGCCUCGGCCCACCAGGGACAGCCCCUACCCAAGACCCUCAGCGUCUUGGAGAGCACCCCACAGGUCCGCGGCAUGCACACAAUCAUCAGGUAAGAGCGUAUAGCUCUGGGUGACCGCUAGGGCCCGAUUUCUCACCCUCUCAAAACUUACUCUGCACUGCCACAGGUUUUUAAUGAAUAUACACACACCCCCUCACGCAGUCACUGUCCCCUAACCCGGUGUGUGUGCCUGCCUGCAGGAAUAAGGACACUAAUCGUGAUGAGUUCAUCUUCUACUCCAAGAGAUUAAUGAGGCUCCUGAUAGAACACGCCCUCUCCUUCCUGCCCCUCAAGGUGAGUGGCCCUGCACACCUGCAGACACAUGGCCAAUACUAUAUUGCCCCCUACGCUCUGUGCACAACCAUACACUAACGUUGGUCUCUACUCUCCUCUCUCUUCCUUUCCUCUCAUCCUCUCUAGCCUGUGCAAGUGGAGACUCCCCAAGGUUCCAUCUAUGAAGGGAAGAGACUCAGUGGUAAAAGGGUAAGGCUCUAUACAGAUACAUCCCCAAUUUCACAGAGGGUUUUGGGGCCUAAACUGCAAUAAAGUAUCAAUGUAAUCCCUGAUACUACAUUGCAGCAACAUUGUCACAAUCACUCUGAUUGCUACUUGUAAUUAUUGGCCAAAGAUUGUACAGUGAUUAGACUAGUUUGAUCUCUCCAGUUGUUUUGUUCAUCACCAUGAAUAAAGGACUAUAGGCAUUGUUAACAUACGUUUUACUAGAUGCCUGCAGUGAAAACGGCUUGAGUCAUAAAGUGUGUUGAUGGGCCUGAGAGGAUCAUUAAUUCCAGUAAUUGUAUGGUGAUGUGUUUGAGUAGCUCUCAGUGGGAGCAGCUCUGUUAGACUGCAGGGUUGUUAUAACUGUAUUACUCUACUGCAAAUGUCUGUCUCCUACCAUCAGGCUCUGUAACAUUGAGCGCUCAGUAUGCUGAUCCUUCAGGCUGCUCAAUGGAAGUUUACAUACAAACUAAACUGUGAAGGAAUGUAAAGCCUGGUAUGCAAUGUAAUGUGUGUGUGUAGGUCACAGGCGUGUCCAUACUUAGAGCAGGGGAGACCAUGGAGCAGGCUCUGAUGGCUGUGUGUAAAGACAUUCGGCUGGGGAAGAUCCUCAUUCAGACCAACCAUGACACUGGAGAGCCGGAGGUAACACAAAAAAAACAGUCAUUUAGUUCACAAAGUCUUCUGUGUGUUUGUGUGGCCCUCUUAUCUGUGUUGCAAGGCUGUAUACACACCCAGACAUGAACUCUUCAACCCGGAGAUCAUAAACCAGGAGUGUAUGGGUCAUCUGUUUUGGCUCAGUGACUUCAUUCAAGGCUAGGUGUCAGUCUCUGGGCUAACUGAUACACACUAGCCUCAUUGACCUCAGGUUCAUUGCCUCAUCAGGAUCACAGACCAUCCAUAUUGUUUUGAUAUACUGUGUGAUGUCUAUGCCAGCUAUAGCCUUCAAGCUUUGGACCUUCUUUCUUCAGCUUUACUGGUUUCAUUCACAACAGAUGCUCAAAACAUGACAUUUUAAGUUAAUAAAAUGCCCAAAUGAAAACCAUUGUAUAAAAUGUCCCAUUUGUAUAAAACUGUCCUAUCGUCCCUGUCCAGCUCCACUACCUGCGUCUGCCUAAGGACAUCAGUGAGGACUACGUCAUCCUGAUGGACAGCACGGUGUCAACUGGGGCUGCUGCUCUCAUGGCUGUCCGAGUGCUGCUGGUCAGUUCUACUUUAUUCUACUUCUCUGGUCUAGUCUAUUUAGCAUUAGCUGGGUUUAAAAGUAUUAUAGUUAUUUUCUAUUUUUAAUAUAAUUGUCGUGUCUAGUAGUAUUCUUCUGUUGUCUUAUAUUCUCAUGUUUGUCUUCUCUAACACACACCUAUGUUGAGACGUUAAGGCUUGGGGGUUUAUCUAUGGUUCUGCAUCCAGAUUGGUUACCCCUGAGACAUGGCUGAACAUGACAGAUAGCAGAGUAGGCCUUGUCCUUGUUGGUUGUUGAGAUGACAGGGAAAUACCGUGGACGGCUACAGCAGCAGGAGAUUAAGGAGAGAUUGGGAUGCUUGUUUGCCGUCAUAAAACACGGUUUGAGUUCAGUGAGUUUGAGGCCCUGUUUACUCAUUGUGAUAAGACUAUAGCGCUAAAUGUACAGCUCCUGUGCUUUAGCCUUCGCCCCAUGUGAAAUGUAAACAUCUGGGGAGAAUUAUGGCUAUCCACUAUGGUGGCCAAAGUCUAUGGUUUUGUUUGUCCUCAGAAAGCAAACUUGACUGCCUCUCUUUUUAAAGCGAGAAUCCUUAGUUGCUACAUACAUUUUUGGACUUAUAAACUAAUUAUACAUACCCAUUGAUUCUUGAAGAAUUUAACUUUUAUAAAUGCCUCAUGAGCUUAGUUCAACUGUCGUACCCCAUCAGAAACCAAAAUAUACAAUGUAUACUAACUGUAAGUCGCUCUGGAUAAGUGAGUCUGCUAAAUGACUAAAAUGUAAAUGUAAACGUGAACAAACACUAUAUAGCCUCAAAACAUGGUUAAAACUAUCAUUGAUAUCAUGGAUGGUCCGUUUUUGCAUCCGUAGCUCAGUCUAUGGAUUUGAGUGGGUCCAUCCCUCAGCUUCUUACCGAAACAGAGGCGGGGUGGCCGCUUUGUUAUUGUUUCGAAUAAGGAUUCUAGCUUUAAAAGAUAGUCAUGGAGGUGUGUGUUUUUACUAGAAGCAUUGGUUGUAGUAUGCAUGUGAUAGGUGCAGAAGACAUAUCAGACAAACCCCAUUAAGGAGUGCCUUUGACAGGUAGCAGUGGAAAUGGGAAGAGCUUGAGAUCCCCACAAGUCUGGAAGUGGCUGCCUCUCUCCCCUUACACAGUGUGCUACAGUCACAAAACCUUCCCUCUAACCACCAUUCUUCCUUCAAUAGUCUUUAAAGGUCCCUAUUUGCAUAUGUCUGUCACCUGGUGUAGGACCAUGAUGUCCAGGAGGAUAAGAUCUUCCUGCUGUCUCUACUCAUGGCUGAGAUGGGUGUCCACUCUGUGGCCUACGCCUUCCCUAAGGUCCGCAUUAUCACCACCGCCGUCGACAAGAAGGUCAACAACGAGUUCCACAUCAUCCCUGGCAUUGGUGGGUGCUUCUGCUAUCUCUCUGUCUCUCGCGCUCUCUCUCUCUCUCUCUCCUGCUCUCUCUCUCUCACACACGUUGUUCUCAAUCAUUCUCACUUAAUCUAGAUUUCCCUUCAGAACUGUGGCCUAAUGCAGAUCCAGUGAGUCUGCUGUUUGUGGUGUGACUGAUCAUUAGUGAUAUGACAUUAUGUGAUGACCUAAUCACAUGUUGAAAACUUCCAGAUUGUCAGACAUAGCUGGUGCCACAGCCAUUCAGGCCCAAGUGGAUGGGCUUUGUUAUGAAUCACCCCAGACCGUAGCCUCCCUACUGUUAUUUAAUUUGACUGCUGCUCUUUAAUUAUUUUCUUUAAAAAAAAUUUUUUUUUUAUUUACUUAUCUAUUUUUACUUAUUUUUUGUUCUUCUUAAAAUACUGCAUUAUUGGUUAAGGGCUUGUAAGCAUUUCACUGUAAUGUCUACACCUGUUGUAUUCGGCGCAUGUGGCAAAUAACAUUUUAUUUUAUUUGACUCAGAUGUUUAUUUUAUUUUACUUAACCCUUAUUUUAUCAAAUAAGUUGACUGCGAACACAUUCUCAUUUACAGCAACAACCUGGGGAAUAUUUACAGGGGGGGGGUGAAUGAGCCAGCUGGAAGCUGCGGAUGACUCAUAUGUUCCAUCAGCACUGCCACUGAUCACACAUCCCUCACUGACACUAGUCCAACUCAUGUAUUCACAAUAAUAACAUGAUUGACUGCUCUCCUCUCUCUUCUCCUCUCCUCCAGGUAAUUUCGGGGACCGUUACUUUGGGACGGACACUCCCUCGGACUGGACCGAGAGUGAUGAAGGGAUGGACUACUGAGCUGAAGUUUUGCUGA